AUGUUCCAGUCCACACUGUCACGCAUAUCCCGGCAGCGGCGCCACCCAUUCUCAACCGCCGCCGCCGCCGCCAUCGUCGCCAAUAGCGUUCCGGCCUCGUCCCUCCCUCCCUCAUCCUUCAAAAUCCGGCCCCCAGUCCACCCCUGGCCUCGCCGCCUCACUCCUAACAACCUCGCCUCCCUCAUCUCUCGCCAGCACAACCCCGAACUCUCUCACCAAAUCUUCCACCAUGCGCAAUCCCUCCACCCCUCCAUCUCUCACGCACCGAAACCCCUCCACGCACUCUUCCUCAAACUCUCACGCGCCCGCUGCUUCUCCCUCCUCGAGUCCCUCCUCACGCGCCUCCCCAACCCCCCGCCAGAACCCUCCUUCGUCAUCCUUAUCCGCGCCUACGGUCUCGCCGGAAAACCCAUCUCCGCCAUCCGCCUCUUCCUCAAACUCGAAACCCUCCGCGUCCAACCCUCCGUCAAAUCCCUCAAUGCGCUCCUCAACGCGCUGGUUCAGAACAAACGGUACCGUUUAGCGCACUCUGUGUUUAAAAGAUCUACGGAAAAAUUCGGGGUCGUGCCUAACGUUGUUAGCUGCAACAUUUUGCUCAAGGCGCUGUGUAAGAGCAAUGAAGUUGAUGUUGCAGUUAGGGUUUUGGAUGAGAUGGGUUUGAUGGGUUUGGUUCCCAAUGUAGUUAGUUAUACAACUGUGCUGGGUGGGUAUGUGUUUAGGGGUGAUAUGGAGAGUGCUAUGAGGGUUUUUGGAGAGAUUUUGGAUAGAGGGUGGGUGCCCGAUGCAACCACUUACACUAUUUUGAUGAGUGGGUUUUGUAGGAUAGGGAAGUUUGUGGAUGCAAUUAGGGUUAUGGAUUUGAUGGAAGAGAAUGGGGUUCAUCCUAGUGAGGUUACUUAUGGUGUCAUGAUUGAGGCUUAUUGUAAAGGGGGGAAAUCGGGGGAGGCUGUGAACUUGCUCGAGGAUAUGGUUGCAAAGGGGUUUGUGCCGAAUUCAGUGUUGUGUUGUAGGGUUGUUGAUUUGUUGUGUGAGGUGGGGAGUGUGGAGAGGGCUUGGGAGGUGUGGAGGGGGGUGGUGAGGAAGGGGGUUCAGGCUGGUGGCGCGGUGGUGAGUACAAUUGUGCAUUGGCUUUGCAAGGAGGGGAAGGUGGUGGAGGCAAGGGAAGUGUUGGAUGAACUGGAGAAGGGGGAGGUUGCGAGUUUGUUGACUUAUAACACGCUGAUUGCUGGGAUGUGUGAAAUAGGGGAGCUUUGCGAGGCGGGGAGGCUGUGGGAUGACAUGGUGGAAAAGGGUCGAGCUCCAAAUGCAUUUACUUAUAAUUUGUUGAUUAAAGGGUUUUGUAAGGUUGGGGAUGUGAAGGAGGGUAUUAGAGUGCUGGAGGAGAUGGUGGAGAGUGGAUGCUUGCCUAACAAAUCAACAUACUCUAUAUUGAUUGAUGGGAUUUCUGUUUCAGGAGGAAAGAAAGAGGAAAUUGAGAAGGUAGUUUUGUUGGCCAUAAGAACUGGAAUUGAUGGUGACUUGUGGGAUCUUUUCUUAAAACUUGUGGGUAAUUUAGAUGACAAUGCAGCAAAGCUUGAUAGGAUACUAACAGAAAAUGCAGUGUGA